AUGGACGACGACGACCACCACGGCCCCCCAAUCCUCAAGCCCCUCCCCCGCCGGGCCUUCGAAAUCACACCCGCAUCCGCCGACACCUCUAUGCCAGCAACACCUCGCUCUACUUCCGACUUCGCCUCCCAAGUCAACGCUCGUCUGCACGCCUCCACCGCAGCAACAGAUGGCGGCCCACCCUCCCGCACCCGCUCCAUCCUCAACCUCACCUCGUCGACCCUCUUCGGCAUAUACCAGCCCACGGGCUACGAUAACGUCCGCGACUCAGAACCCGCAACGCCGUGGGGCACAGGCGCCGAGACGCCCUCGCGGCGAGAGAGCCUCGAGACGGAGAAGAGACCUAUACUCAGUGGUGUGCCUGCGCGGAAUGCACGACCGUCGCUCGGAAGGAUAACGAGUCACCAGCCGCACCAGCAUGGCGCGCGUCGUGGACGGUGGAAAGACUGGCUCAGCCGCGCGGCGAGGAUACUCGCGCUGUUUGUUAUUGGCAUGGCGUAUGGGGUCAUAGUGUCGCAUUUGCAUGAUAACCAGCACAUCGCGCCUGUGAGGAUGGAACUGAGGAUUGCGAGGACCAGCUGGACUUAUUUGGCGUUUUGGGGCGUUGCAGGGGUGGCCCUGGGGAGUGCGUUGCCGUGGGUGGAUUGGAUGUGGGAGGGAGAUGGUGGGGAGGGUGGCAUCAGGCUUGAUGGGGAAGAUGGGGGAUCAGAGAUGGAUAUGGUCAAGGGGGCUGAAGAGUCGGAUUGGAAUCCCGUGGUUAGGAGUAUCGGAGCUUUUGUGGGGAUUGCAUACGCGAUUCGCAAACUCCCCUGGCAAUCCACCCUCCAAGUCUCCCUAACCCUCGCCCUCGUAAACCCCGUCCUGUGGUACCUCAUCGACCGCUCGCGCCCCGGCUUCGCGCUCUCCUCCCUCGUCGGUCUCGCCGGCACAACCGCCCUGCUCUUCACGAACCCGGACAUCGUGCCCUCGCCCGCUGCCCCGCUGGCAGAGAGCAGCAAAACAUACAACGCCUCUCGCGGGACGGCGAGUGCGACGGGGACGACGGUGGGGAAAGAGGAACUGCUGCUGGGGGGAAUGGUUAGCUAUGAGAGUGUGGGGGUUGCGACGUGGAUUUUGAGCGUGCUGUUUUGUAGCUGUGUUUGCUUUGGGAAUAUUGGGAGGAGGUUGGCAGGGGGGCCGGGCAGGCGUGCUGGACGGUGA